AUGGAUAAAUAUGAUAUAAUUAAACAAAUUGGUAAUGGAUCGCAUGGUGAUGUUUAUUUAGUAAGAAGUACAAUCGAUAAAAAAAAAUAUGUAAUGAAAAAAAUCUUUUUAAAAGAGAGAGAAAAGACAAAAGAUACAUUACACGAAGUAAAUGUAUUAUCUCAAUUAAAACAUCCAAAUAUUGUCGAAUACUUUGAAUCUUUUCAAAUUGAAAAUAAUCAAUUCCUUUGUAUCAUUAUGGCUUAUUGUGAAUCGGGAGACUUAUUCACAACGCUUCAAAAAAAGAAAAACGAAUUCAUUUCUGAAUAUCAAAUAUUAGAUUGGUUUAUUCAAAUCGCAUUAGGAUUAUUAUAUAUGCACAAGAAAAAAGUUAUACAUAGAGAUUUAAAAACACAAAAUAUAUUUUUAACAAAGAAAAACAUUAUAAAGAUUGGUGAUUUCGGUAUAUCAAGAGUUUUGAAUUCAUCAGAGUUUGCAAAGACAAUGAUUGGUACACCAUAUUAUAUGAGUCCAGAAUGUUUUGGUAGUAGAGCAUACGAUUUUAAAUCAGAUAUUUGGUCAUUGGGUUGUUGUCUAUAUGAAAUGAUCACAUUGAAACAUGCAUUCGAUGCAAAGGAAAUGCCCUCAUUAAUAUUUCAAAUCUUACAAGGUCAACCAUUACCAAUCUCUCCAAAUUAUUCUCAAGAUUUACAAAAUUUAGUUUAUCAAUUACUAGAGAAACAACCUACUAAAAGACCUUCAAUCUUUGAUAUCUUUCAAAUGCCUUAUAUUAAACGUUAUGUUGAAUAUACUUUAUCUCAAAAUUUUGCAGUACCAAAUAAUACCUUUGUUCAGUCAUUUAGCAGAAUGGCUAUGGAGACUGCUCCAAUUUGUAAUGAAUAUGCAAAUUUACACUUAAAUUUUAAUGAGAAUGGAGAUGGAACUACAGGUGCCGCUAGUAGUAAUAAUAUUUAUAGCAGUAAUUAUAACAGUAAUUAUAAUAAUAAUAAUUCAAAUAAUAAUUCAAACAAUUCAAAUAAUAAUAAUAAUAAUAAUAAUAAUAAUAAUAAUAAUAAUAAUAAUAAUUUCAAUAAUAAUUUCAAUAAUAAUUUCAAUAAUAAUAAUAAUAAUAAUAAUAAUAAUAAUAAUAAUAAUAAUAAUAAUAAUAAUUUCAAUAAUAAUAAUAGUAAUAAUAACUUCAAUAAUAGCGGUUUCAAUAAUAAUAAUAAUAAUAAUGAUGGUAAUGAUGGUAAUAUUAUUAAUAAUAAUAAUAAUAAUAAUAAUAAUAAUAAUAAUAAUAAUAAUAAUAAUAAUAAUAAUAAUAAUAAUAAUAAUAAUAAUAAUAAUAAUAAUAAUAAUAAUAAUAACAAUAAUAAUAAUAAUAAUAAUGGUAAUGGUAAUAAUAAUAUUAAUAAUAAUAAUAAUAAUAAUGGUAAUAAUAACAUCGGCGGUGGACUACAUUUACUACGACUCGGCCACGGCCACAACAAUGCUGAUGCUAAUAGUAAUAAUAAC